AAAAAAAGACUGAGAUAAGUAUAGAAUGCGCAAAGAAUAAUUGAGUAACAAGAACGGAGGGUAUCGGGAUUCUGCAGAAAAAGACGAGUUUUGCUUGUUACAUGUGAGAACAAUACUCGGACGAAAAUAAUAAUUAUUGAACACCUAUAAUUAAGGUACUUUUGCAGACUCAAAAAAGGUUAAUUUCCAGCGAAUCCGGAAUGGGAAAUAUAAUAGACUGUACUGAAUAUUAAUAUGAUAACAGUACCCUUACUUAUAUUCGUGUCACCUUAUGCAGAUUCAUAUAUAGGGUUAAAGGAUUUUUUUAAGUUACUGCAUGUUCAGCAAAAUAAUUGAACUCGAUCUCUUCCCUUCCAUUUACGUACGCUGCCUACACGAACUAUUACGCCCAUGUUGCCUACGAUCGACGUACCCGCCAUUGUUCGAAUCAUUUAAAGCGUACGUGCACUAAAGAUUGACACUCAGCACUUCCUUGAGCAUAAUUACUCGAUCUAACAACAUUCGACCCACGUUUAUAUAAUUAUAUAUAAUUACAUUAAUGUAUAACUUGUGCAUGGCGCUAUAUCUAUAUAGUAAGUCCAUCGAUCUUCAAACUUUUUGACACUCAAAAUAAUUAAUACCAAUCUGAUUUCUCGACAGUAAUCCAAGAAAAAUAUGAGCGGAAAAAUGAGGGCAGUUUGUCAGCGCUCGUCGGUGGUGGGUGCAUUCUUUCCUCACAGUGCUCAAAAUCACCUCUAGGUGGAAACACUUUCCCACCAAAACAACCAUGCAAGCUAUUAUUACAGCCACUCAAACGUAAAGAGAUACGCGAAAAAUAUCACUGUUUGUCUUAUAAAUUGUCUCAACGGUAAAUAAAAAAGGUAGGCGUAAAGUUAAAGUAUCUACGGUCCCUAUGACUGUCACGCAUCGCUCUCAUAAUUUUGCUUUGUUAAUUCCUGCUACCAGGACCGCAGAUCGAGAGCCCCGUGGCAGACGAUCUUUCAGCCUCCCUUGUAAUUGUAAUCGUCAAUUAUUGUCCCAGUAUAUUAUUUCGAUUGUCACUGUAUCUACAUUUCAGUCAGUAACGUCAUAUAGACUGUAAACAUUAGGACAAGUGCACUCUGGGGUUUACAUCAAUCACGUAUAUAUACUUGAACUUAAUCGAGUUGUUUACACGUGAGUGGUUAGUAAAUGAGAAAAGAUGAUCGAUGUUCAAGGAUCAAACUUAAUGUAAUACUCCGCUCCAUAGAAAAACUCCUCAGAAGACACACUUGAGGAGAUAAAAGAGUAAACCACAAACUUGUAUGUGAGUAAACUCGAUCGGUUGUCACACGCGUUGCUAAGGAAGCAGACGCGGUCAAAUUAGUUGCGAAAUCCACGUGCGGAAGACUUUUUUUGGUUGUUAGCCGUGCAGGACAGCUGAACAAAAAAGAUCAUCAUGUGAAUACAAAAAGGACUCAUUUGGUGGUGGCCGACUGUGUGCACCAGCCUUAAGUACUAGCUGUACAGGAUUUUGGUACAAUAUGGCAAAGACAUCAGAAGAGCUGGUUGCAGCUUCCAUGGAGGUUAUGUUUGAUGCCGAGGAAGCAUUUACUGUUGGGUACAUUCCUCUAGAUCGUCUGCAGAAAAAGUUGAAGUCACAGUGUGAGUCAUAUUCAGGCAAGAAAAAUAUUGUAAAGAUCAACUUCUGUACCAAUGGCUACUGCACAGAUGCUGUACUUUGGCUUAUUGGAAACACACUUCCAAUGGAAGCCAUUGCAACUUUGUCUGAAAUUAAUCUUCUUGGCUGUGGCCUUAUAACUGAUGUGGGAAUCAGCUGGAUCACAAAAUUUCUGAGAACAAAUUCUCAUACAUUGAUAAAACUGGAUGGAUGUACCAAAAUCACAGAUGCAGGAUUGGCAUUGUUAAAGACAGCAUGCCCAUUGGCACAGAUCAGUGCUAUGGCAACUUCAGUCACUCAUUUGCGCCAGCAUGGAUAUACAAAGGGUUGUCCCCUCCUAAUAGAUCAUGAAAGUUAUGACAGAGAAACGCGGCGAAAUGCCCAGGUGUUGAUAAUUCCUUAUAAAACCCAAGCAAGCAUGGCAGUCUACUUGAAAAAUCAGAAGAUUACACCUCGUCAGCAUCUGCAUCGUAUACAAAAUGCUAUUGUAAAAGAUUGGCAUCUCAAUCUGCUGGAGAUUGAUUCUGUAAAUCCUCUGUUUGAAAACCUGGUGUCUCCAAACCUUGUUCAAGUUAUAAUUCCAUUUGAUGCAAACUGUGAGAUACCUGAAAUUCGUAAACAUAUUGGAGAUACAAUAUCUCUAGUAUUAAGCAAGGAAAGGUUAAACCCUGUUCAUCCUCACCUUAAAGUACAGCAGAACAACAAUUUCUUUGAUGUUUACAUGUACCACAAGUGUAUUCUUACUGCUGAUGGCAUAUUUACGAGUUUGACAAAUACAGAAAGUGUGAUUGGAAUGGUAACAUCACGGCAGCCUCUCAGCCGCUCUCACCCAUACUUUGAGGUGGAAUGCUUAACAGUAGCAUCUGAAGAAGGCACAGGAGUGGUGAUUGGUGUCAUAUUUGAUGUUCUCAUGGGAGCACGCUUUCCUAUGGAAUCCAACGAGACCAACGGAGGAGCAGUUGAAGGUUUUCAGCUUGCAGCUGGUGUGAGGUUUGGUUUUGGAGUAGAAGGUGACUGGCAGUCUGAAUAUGUCCCAAAAGAAGAUGCUGAAUUCUAUUGGACCAAGAAUGGAGUAAAGAUGACAGAGAAGAGCGUAUCUGAGAAACCUCACAUUGGCAUGUACCCAAUGCUGUCAGUGUUAGGAAGCCAAACAGGAGAGGUGAAAAUUCUGAACUUUGCAAGUCUUCCAGAGGAGAUACUUGCUGAUUAUGGUCGCAAUAAGCAGUAUUGGUCAUGUCUGUUCAGCAGCAAUAUUUUACAUGAUGAGGAUGGAAUUCUUAGCUACCGUGACAACUAUGCAUCACUUAAUGAUGUGGGACUUUUCAUAUGCAAUCGAGAGAUAACUCAGAGACACAACAGCUGCACGAUAGAAAUUCUAGAUACAGGGACCAGGGGUACUAUCACCCUUGGUAUUGGACCUGAGGAUUACAAAGUUAACAGACAGCCUGGCUGGGACUCAAACUCCAUUGCUUUGCAUGGGGACAAUGGACAAGUGUACAGGGGCUCAGGAGGCUCAAGCAUUUCACCUCCAGGAGGGGAGUUUGUUUGGAAGAAGGGAGACAAAAUUACUGCAACAGUAACAAAUUUCUCUGGUGAACAAAUUAUUGCUAGUGACAAACCAACUGUGGAGUUUUCAGUUAAUGGAAAUGUGGUGGGCUCAUUUUCCUUGGAAUACAAUUCUGGAACUGGCAUCAGGUGUAUGUUUCUGAUUGGCAUGCACAGCAAAGGGGAAAAAAUAAAACUCCACAAUUACCGUCCUCUCCAUCUGGCUCAGUCACCAAUGAAGAAUAAAGUGACAAUGGGUCGAUCUCACUUUAUCAACCCUAUGGAUGAUGGCUUGCUGGCGUACAGAUCGUUUGACCAGCGUGACUUCUAUGGUUUGUUUGUGUCCAAGACCCCCAUCAGUCAACAUCUGCCAUUCUUCGAAAUAGAAGUUUUGAAAUGCAAUGACAGGCAACACAUUGGUAUUGGACUUUGCCAUGCAUACUACCCUUCUAAUGAGAUGAUUGGCUGGAAACAGGGAUCUGUUGGGUACCAUGCAGACAAUGGAAAAUUGUACCAUAACACAUCAACUGGAUAUGCAUCAACAAUUACCAGAGAGGAUACAUCUUACAAAGCGGGGGACAUUAUUCGUUGUGAAGUUGACUUCAUGAAAGCCAGAGUGAAGCCAGAUGGCACUUUGUAUCCCCAACAGAAAAUCUCUGUCUGGUUCUACAAAAAUGGUGUCAAAACCCAUGAGUGUGAUUUUGAGUACCUCACAGAGGGCUUGUACCCUGCAAUUAAUCUGCAUUUUGAGGGAGAUCAAGUAAAGCUUCACAACUAUUACCCAGGCCCCGAGUCGCAGUUUUCCCAACUAGACAAAGAGGAAACGAACGCUGCAAAGCCUAAAUAUAGUUUCACAGAGGGAUGCCACUUCUUGGUAGUAGGAAUGGGCUCAGACUCAGCAGAUGCUAAAGGCAAGAUUCAGUUGAUCUCUCAGCUUUUCAACCCUGAGACAGAUCUUCCUGCCAUUUCAAGUCUACAAGCAGAAAUUGAUCAGCUGAAAUGCCAUCUGGGAAGUCUGGAUCUCCAAGCACAGGAACGUUAUAGUCAGUUGCUGUGGCAGUUGGAGUGUCACCAAAGAUUUAUCAAAAACCACCAGCGUCUGAGUUUCAUGUCCUUAAACUUGAGUUCUCAUGAGGGUGUGAAUGAGAUAAAGGAUCAUAUUGUAAGUCACUUGGAAUCAGACUUAAGGCAUCACACAAGAUUUUAUGAGCUGGAAGAGACCACAUGGAAAUACCUGGACAAUAUAUGCAGUAUCCUGAAGGAAAAGAAUAUCCUGUUGGCUGAAGACCUCCAUGAACUUGUUCCAAAGUCUAGCAUCAGUGGAAAUGGACGAAUGUUUGAGCAGGCUGUGCGUUUUCUGCAGAAAAAGGGUCUUGUGCUUUGUCUUCCCAUGAAGAAUUCAUUGGUUGUGUUGGACUUUGGUUUUGUUCUGGAUUUAACCACCAGCAUUGAACAAUGUCAAAAAAAAGAACCUUCACACAGUGUGCCAUGUAUUGGUGUAGGUGCAACUAUAUGGGAGAAUGAGUUACAGCUGUGUGAGAAAGUUCAAGAACUGGAUGAACACAGGGUAAGACUUCUGCGCUGGAUCCUACAAUUCUUUGGGGUGUUGCGGAUCCCCAGCAUACGAGUAUCCACUACAGAUCCUAUGUAUCUCUUCUUCACGCUGGAUUCCAUUGGCAGAACAUCCUUAACGCUUAACGACUUUAUGUGCCAUGAACAAGACAAGAAGAAUGUAGUGGUGAUGAGAAGAACAUACCGGUUUAUUCAUACAUUGGGCAAAAGCUUAUUUGCAUUUAUACUGACCCGCUGUGCUCGAUUUUCUCAUGUUGUUCUGAUAUGUCAUGAUGGAGGAGUUUUUCAAAGUGGAGCAGUGCAAACUCUGGUCCAAAGGUCUUCAAAAGAAAGUGAAUGCAUUUUGUCCCUUCAGUCCAUCUGCUACAUGCCCAGCACAGAAGGAUCUACUUUAAAUUUUCAGACACGCCAGCAUGUGGAAGAGUAUACCUGGAAUAUUUUUUGCAUUCUUGCUGAUGUAAUUGAUGCUGCAUUCAUAAAACUUGAUAUACCUGUCAUGGUGCAGGAUGAUGUUCCCUAUGGCCUUGUUAAUUCAUCAAUUGGCUGUGUGCAUGACUGGCACUCACCAGUGGAUGAGGAUGAUAAGCAGACUGUGUGUACACUUUGUAACUUGUGCUGUGAGCAUGGUAGCAAGUGCCCCUAUAAGGGCAUUGCCAACAGACGUUUGCGCCAAGCUGGAUGUGGCACUAAGGUCACAGGAUGUAAAGACUGUGGUAUCUGCAAGAACUGUGCUGAUGAACUAUGGACUAUCCGGUCCUUCCUCCGCCCUUGCUGUGAAAUAGCCACUCAUAAGUAUAGGAGGAAUCACACAGCAGUGCCUCUCAAUUCAACCACUUUCGAUGAAGUGGAAUGUAUCAACCUGGACAAAAAAAACACAGUCUUGUGUUUAAAGAGAGAAACUGAAUCAGAAUUACUUAUUCAAGUUUUCCCUGGACCAGCAGUGGAAGUGUCAAGUUAUGCAGUUUUAGAAAAAUACAAUGAGAAACAAGACUUCCCACAGAGACUGCAUUUUGCUGAAGGAGACACUGUUACUGUCAAGCUCGAUUCCCUGAAGUUAUCUCACCAUCAGCUAGAAGAAGAAAUGGAGGAGGAAAAGCUUGAGAUUAAACCUGUUUAUUUCACUGUGAUUUGCCGGGAGUGCAGAGUCUGGCAUGAUACUGGCAUUGUCUGCUAUAACAGCAGCUUGCGAGCUUGCCCUGUGUCCCAGUUUGUUGGUCACAAACCACUCAGUCCUGAAUGCAACAAAUUCUCUUUUGAAAUUCUAAAUGAGGGUGAAUCAAGAUACAUUGCAAUUGGUCUUUGUCCCAAACGCUAUAAUGCCAACAGGCAACCAGGUUGGGACCCAGGGUCUGUUGGGUACCAUGCAGACGAUGGCGGACUUUUUACUGGAGUUGGCUGGCCAUCUGUACGUCUGGCUGAGUGUACUAAAGGUGACAUUAUGGGUGUGGAACUUGAUCUUGAAGAGAUGAAAGCAUCCUUCUUUAAAAAUGACCAAUUGGUCCACCGAACAGAAAAGCUUCGAAUGCCUGCAGGAGGGUUUUAUCCCAUUGUGGGAAUGCACUCUUUUGGAGAGGCUGUACGUUUGCUUCAGAAGGAGCCAUGGCAGCCAGACAAUGAAGAAGAGGUGAGCAGUCUUCCUGAUGCUUUUGAUUGCUACAAGUAUGGUAACUUGUGGGUCAGUCCUGGUCGAACCAUACAGCUGACAAAUCUGAAAACAGGUCGGGCAGGUUGGCUAAUGCUGCAUAAUCCAAGUCGUAAUACAGUUGGAUACCAGAUCCUGCCAUCAAAGAUUCGAAACAGCAUUGGAACACUACAAGCUGGGAUGUCUACUACAUUUUACUUUUCCUUAGCACCCAAUGAUGACACACCAGAACUGACUGUUCAGUGGUUACAACUAGACUCUGGACGAGAGUAUUCCACAGAAGACAUUCAGCUUCUUCACUCUAGUGCCACAUCAGAGACUCUUCUCACCCACAGAGUGACUCUGAAAAUGGCCAGCGAUUUUCUUGUGGACACUUCUCCUCUCAAGAGAACAUCAGAUGGAGAUCCUGAUGGUUCUGCUCGAUGCACUCUUGAGGUCUUCAAGAAUGGCAUAUUAGUAGACAAAUAUUGGCUGAAAGGGUCCAGCUAUAUAUGUGUCUUGCCCUUUGAAACUUCUGCCAUCCUAAGAUACCCCAAGUUUCCAACGUUGGAUGUGCCAAACACUGUUUACAAAGGCAUGCGACUAGUAGCCCAGCCUUCUGCUUAUGCAUACAUGGAGAGUGUUGUUGUUGGUGUGUCUAAUGAUGGUCAGAAUAUCACACUGGAAUAUUCUGUGCCUAAUGCAGAAGAAAAUGUCCAGAAAGAGUUUCCUCUCAGUUCUUCAGUUAUACAGUUGAAAGAAAUACCAUAUGAGACUAUUGUGAAAGCCAAGCCUCCAGAAACAAAAUCUGAUGAUACAGAUAACUCAACUGUUGAAAAGAAAGGAGAUCAUCCUAACGAUAAACAAAGUGAAAAGGAAGUGAGAGCAGCAGUGGAGAUCCAGGGCUACCUUCCUAGGGGAAACAUAAGCACUACCAAAAGAGCGUACAUGUUUGUUCCCUUUCACCUUUUAACUGAAGCAAGUCAGCAUGCCAUUGAAGCUCUUGAUCCUCAGUGGCUGAGAAACUCUCUUCAAUCAGUGGCCAUCUGCAGGAAUGUUCCUACCAGACUCACAGUUCAGGAGCAGCAGAUCACAGACCUGUCUCGGAUGCCUAGCAGCUGGGUUCAUGGCAACAAUGCUUUAAAACAGCAAGUGGGAGAGACAUUUGCUUAUCUCCCUUCUGCACUUAAUUUUGAAAAAUUGUGUUAUCCUCAGAUGCCCUACAUGUUUACUGAUAUUGAAGUUCACAGGCUAUGCUUGCUUGUAGACCAGCUGACUGUGACAGGAUGGAAUGAGACAGCUAUUGAUGUUCCUAUUCAUUUUGUGGAUCUCCCUCCUAUUAAGACACACAAGCCUUUACCCACUGAAUUGCUCUAUGGUAGUAUGCUCAGUGGCUGGACAUACACUUCUCUUGUAGCCAAACAACUCCAGCUACCCCAGUGUGACAGGAUAUUCUCAGGAGGAAAACCUAAUUUACCACGCUAUCAGCUGGAAAGUGCAAUGAGCAGUCUGCUUCACAUUUACACAUCAUUGUGUCACAUCUGUGCUGAGCAGCAUGGAGGACUGGAAUAUCAGACAUUUUUUGAUUCUGGCACAGACACAGUUUUAGAGGCUAUUCAUCAUGGUGAUUCUUUUGUAAAGGACACUUUAGAUGCUGAGAAUCUGAACAACUCUAACAUGUUACUCAGGAAAUUCUUCUACUCUGGGAACAGUUUCUGUUUUGUCACCAUGUGCAAGGCUCACGCUUUGUGCCUUGAGACUGGUGGAACAGCACUUCCUGGGGUGGAAUUUCAGGUUGAAAACUUUCAACCAUAUGGGGAGACUAUUAAUGUCUUUGAUCGGAUAUUGGAUGGACUGGAGACUUUGCCUGGAGAAUUUUUUGAGACAUUUCCCAGCCUGCAGGUCUUUAGGCUAGAGAAUUGUAACAAGCUUACAGAAAUCCCACCAAAUAUAUCCUUAUGCAAGAGGCUUGAAAAAGUGCAGUUGAAGGACAGCCCUAUAACUACACUCCCGGAAGAUUUGUUUGAGAUUCCAGACCUUAUGGUACUUGAACUGGUCAAUCUACCUGUCAAAGUUUUACCAGACAGAACCCCAGAAACCAGCUGGCUUACCAAACUUGUGUUAAGUGGACUCCAGUUGACUGCUGUUCCACCAUCUGUAGGAAACUUAACAGAACUGGUGGAGCUUAACUUGGAGAACAAUCUGCUGACAGAUCUUCCCAUGGAAUUUCAAAAACUUCAGCGUCUAAGGAUUCUUAAUCUGUGUGGGAUACCUUGGAUAACAAUGGAGGGCACGCGUUCUGGUCUACCUUUAGACAAGUACAAUGAAUGGUUUGAUUCAAAGCCUUACUUGAGAGGUUUUCUGGGAAAUGAUAAGAUUUCAAAAUUCUUUCAUGACUGUGACAUUAGCAGAAACUUGAUGCUUUUUGAGGAAGAACUUGCAGCUCUCAAUGUUCAUCUUUUCUGGGAUGUGCCCAGGAUUGGCUCAACAGACAUUAAUGAUACUGAAUUUGGAGGGAUUCCACCUGUAAUUUUUACACUAUCAUCUUUGGAAGAGCUUUACCUGGAUUAUCAGGCCAUCACAACUGUACCUGUCCACCUGUGUCGCUUACAGAACCUUGCUGUCCUCUCAUUGGCUUACAACCCUUUGUUAGAGAGUCUGCCAGGAUCCUUAGGGCACUUGCCUAGCUUGAAAAGCAUUCGCCUGGUCAGCUGUCCCUCCCUAAGAACACCUCCAAAUGAAGUGGUUAGUCGAGGGUUUGAAUCCAUCAAAGCAUACCUGAAACGUUUGGCUGGAGGUUUCACAGAAUGCAGGCGCACAAAACUCAUGUUUGUUGGUCUUGGUGGUGCUGGAAAGACAAGUUUGUUGAGAGCUCUUAUGAGUUCUGGAAAGCGAACAGAAGGCACUAAAGGAGAAGACAUCACAGAUGGUAUUAUAAUUCAGCCAUGGACAGUGAAAACUGACAAUGGUGUAGAGGUCACAUACAGCACGUGGGAUUUUGCUGGGCAGACACUGUAUUACAAUACUCAUCAGUUCUUCCUUUCCAAGCGAGCAGUGUAUCUUUUGCUGUGGUCCACAAGGCAAGGGUUUGAGCAUGCUGGUCUUGAUUUUUGGCUGAGCUCUGUGGCAAGUCAUGCUCCCAAGACACCUAUCUUUGUUGUUGGCACACACUGUGAUCAGGUUCCAAAAGCAGACAUCCCGAUGGAGGAAUUGAAGGCACGGUAUCCUCAGAUUGUAGGAUUUCAUUUUGUCAGCUCAGUGGCUGGAAUGGGAAUAGCUGAGCUGGAAAAAGACUUGCUGAGAGUAACACUGGAGCAAAAGAACAUGGGAGAAAAAGUACCUCAAGUCUGGCUGAGCUUGGAACAGAAGAUUCUUGCGGAAAGGAGCACAAAAAGCAUCCUACAAUGGGAAAUCAUCAAAGGUUUUAGCAUGGAGGUUGGCAUCUAUGAUGAAAAAGAUAUUAAAGAAGCCAUCCAGUUUCUGCAUGAACUUGGCACUGUCCAGUACUUUGACAAUGACUUUCUGCGUGAAAUUAUAGUCAUCAACCCCCAGUGGAUUGUAAAUGUUAUGGCCUGUGUUGUCUCAGUGAAAGACUCACAACUACAGAAGGACAAAGGACGUUUUUCUCAUAAAUAUAUUGCACAAAUCUGGAAGGAUUAUCCACCAGAACUGCAUAAAUGGCUGCUACAACUGACUGAAGAGUUUGAUCUUACCUUUCCUUUGCCAAAGGAAGAAGUCAACAUAGUGCCUUGCCUUCUUCCUCAAGAGGAACCAAAGAAGCUGAUAUGGCCAUCCAUUGAAGGAAGAGAAGGUGUAAAAGAAACAAAAAUGUUGUAUGACUUUGCCUACCUCCCAACUGGCCUCUUCAACAGAGCACAGGUUCGUCUGUUCCAAUUCUCUGAUGGUGAACUUACCUGGAAGAGGGGGUCACUGCUGAAAAAAAAUAAUCAUCUUGCUUUGAUCAAACAGAUAAGCAACUGCCAGCUGCUUGUCCAGGUGCAAGGCCCUCGCCCAGAGAACAUAAUCUUCCUGGUGCAUGAAGUCAUUGAAAGUUUGAUUGAAGAAUCAUUUUAUGGUGUUGUCUAUGAUUUCCUUUUACCAUGCCCAGACUGUAUGACGAAAGAGGGCACAAGGGAACCAAGCAUGUUCAAAGGAAGCCUGGUGAAAAGGGCUAAAGACCACCGUGCCCCAUUCUUGCAAUGCAGGAAAUUUUUCCACACUGUCUCAAUGGCCCAGUUGCAGGAGGUGAUGCCUGCUGACACUGCCACAGACUUUGAUGCCCAUCUUCAGCAAAGCAUCAUGGCUUUACAGAAGUUCAACUCUGAAAUGUCUAAAGAUGUAGUCAUUCUCUACAGUGCUCAAGACAUUCCAGCAAAAAACGAAAAUGACAAGAUCCACCCAGCUUGGAUCCACGCUGAUCUUGAAAAAGAUGGAGAAAAAGAUGGCUAUUCUUGCUGGUUUCCAGAAAAUGUUCAAAACAUCAGUGUUGAAGACCUUAUGAUGCAGCUAAAGAAUUGCAAGUUGGUGGUAGCACUGGUGUCAGACAACUUUGAGAGGGACCAGAAAAGCAAUGAUAUGCUGAUGUACACCAUGGACACCUUGAAAAAAGCGUACAUCAUAGUUGUCAUUCGCCCUGAUAUGGCAUGGGAAAACGCAGAUCUGGGGAUGCGUAUAGGCCGGCAGGAGGUAAUGGUGAUGAUAAAGACCAAGGAUCGGUAUAAAUCCAAGGUGGAGGACUUGCUUGUUCAGGUCAAAGAAAAACUUCAUGGAAUUCACUCAGCAAUACAUCAUCCAGAGUGUUUCAUCUCCUACUGCUGGUCCAACUCCCAUGAUGCACAGUCCAAAGGAACUUUUUGUCCACCAGGUGCAUUGGGUUGGGGAGAUCCUCGGGAAAUAAAGAAGUGGCUUGCUAGCCAUGGAAUUACCUGUUGGAUUGACACUGAGCAGGCAACUAAUGGACAAGGUCUUUUCAAAAAUAUAACAGAAGGAAUGCGUCAGUCCAGAAUGCUUGUUGCAUUUGUUUCAGAUGAGUAUGUGAAGUCAGACAACUGCAUGAUGGAGCUACGGUUUGGUGUCCUCACCUUGAAUCUUCCUCUAGUUGUUUGUAUUGUUGGCACUGGUCGAGAUUGGAAGGAAUCUGAGGUGGGAAUCCUGAUGCACAGGUCUAAAGCCUCUAAGGUUUAUUUUCAGCAGGAGAACCCUUUGGCUCAUGGAACACUUCUUGAAUAUGUUAAAAAGAUUCUAGCUGAAAACAACAGUCACAGGGACCAGCUAUUAAUAACCAAACAAAAGAUGGAGAAAAAGCAGGAACAGAAAAAGACACCUGAUAAAACAUCAUUCAAUGAAGAAUGUGAACUGACACAGCGCAGAUUUAUGCGGCACAUCAUCAGUUAUGUCAGUGCCACUGACUCAACACCUAUGCCUCGUCUACUUGUUGUGGACUUUGAAAGAACUGGUAUAUAUUUUAAAGCUCUCUGGUUCAGUCGUCCAUCUAAGCAUCUUCCAACUCUUGAAGGUGGAAGUGGAGACUCAGUUGUUAGACCUACCACAUCUCGUCCAACACUGCGGCCAAAGACUGCAUCAAGAACACGCGAGAAAUUUGAGAUAACUAACUUGGGAACUGAUGAGGAAUCCUGGGAGGCAGAGUCCUUUUGCAUUAGACUUCUAUGUGAAAAUGAGCAGGGAUGGCAUUUGUGCAAAACAUCUUUUAGCAUCAAGAUGGAUGAAGACUUUAAACCUCUCAUCAGACAGUGUUCAGCUUACCUAGCUCGCCUGUAUGCAGUUCUGCAGCAGUCCUCAGUUCAACUUAACUGCUUUGCUGGGCCUUCUGGAAAGAAAUAUCAUGAGUGGAUAGAGGAGGGAGCAGCAGAAAACCCAAACUUUGUUGAAGCAUAUUCCACCAUCAGAUCUGACUUGAGGAAAAAUCUUGAAGCAGAAAGUUUUUUACAGCAACUUUGCAGAUGCCAUCUUCCUACUGGUAAAACACAGUGGUUGUGUGAAAAGCAUCAAAAUGGGCCUCGCAUCACAAAGUUAUCAACUGAAUCUGCCUCAAGAGAUGAAGUGCGUAGGGUGCUGUUCGAAGAAGAUGUUCAGCUCAGAGAGCUGAUAGAAAAGUCUCCCAUUUACAAGAAAAAGCGAGCAAUGGUCAGCCAGAAAAAGUCAGUAAAUCUACCCACAAAAGUGGCAACAAAUGAGAAAAAAAGCUGCUGAUUCCACAAAGAAGGUGCUCAACAAAGUCAGUUCUAACUCCACCUUUAACACCGAGAAAACAGAGAAGCAAAAUGAACCAGUUGCUUCUACUUCAAAUGCAGUGCAGAAAUCAGAUGCAACGACUGUAAAUUCAGAAAAAGGACAGUCAUCUAAAAAAGGUGUUGAUGGAAAAAGCAGCAGCAAAACAUGUAGUCUGCAGUAAGGGAGCACUUCCUUUUUAAGUAUGAAUAUGUUUACAAACUCACACACAGUAAGAGAAUCCAAUUUUACAUUUCUAGGGUGUUAUGAUCGUAACCAGUUUGAUCUCAUUAGCUUGUGAUAUUUAAAAAUAAAUUUGUUAUUUUCAUUAGUCAGCCGCUGUAUGUACCGUCAAGCUCAAGCUAGCUUCAGGUUACUUAUUAUCACGAUAUAAAUUUUAUCAGCUUAAGACUACCAUUAGAUUUGAACACCAAGGUUCUCAUGCUCUCAACAUUAAAGGCUGCUGCAAGCCUUAAGUGUUUUUGUUUUGGUAUAGCCUCUCUGCAAUAAGUGAAAUAUGCAUUUUAUCUCACUGCUGAACAGUUUAAAUGAAUGUUUAUUUUUGUCCUUGCAUGUUCUUAAACACUUUAUAUCAAGGUAUGGUGCAUGCAUACAGUUAAAUGUUAGGACGAAAUAUCUGUAACUGUCUGUUGCGAUGUAUAAAUUCUUAAAAGUAGAAUAGUGUGUGAAAUAUAAAUGAUUGUUGAUAUAUGCAGAUGUGAUAUCCUUUUAUCUGGUAAGCAGAAGUUUUUGUUAUUCUAUGGAUAUUCUUUGGACCGUCCCUGUUGAAUUCUUUUACAGUUUGAUUAUCAACAUAAAGAAGUAGAGCUGAUGAUGUGAGCUCUUGUGUUUAAAACAGUUUAAAACUUCAAGAUUUUAUGGCUUAUUGUGUUUUGGGUUUAUUGGCUCUAAGCUAUGAGAAGUAGAUACUCACAAAAAAAAGAAAAUAAAGUAACAGACAAUAAAAUUAUUUCAUUUAUGUUUCACUGCUCACUGAAACCUAUCAGUCUACAACUUUUCUAAGUGAUUGUCUUGGCACUCCACCAGCAUUCCAGAUAUAUAUCUUCAUGGUUCUUUUAUCUGGCAUGUUAAAGUUUUUUUUUUUGGGGGGGGGGGGGAGGGAGGAGCUUAUAUUGUUAAUCUCAAAGUUUUUCUCAAGGGUUAAAAAUCUUUAGAGAGUAUUCAAUUCACUUAGCAUGCUGUACAACAUAUUAUAAUUUCAUUAUUUUUUUUCAGUUGACAUUUUCUUUAUUUAGACCUGAGAUGGCAGCAAGUGUUUUCUCCAAAUGCUGCUCCUCUUGUUCCUUUUUUCGUGCAUGUUUAUAGAUUUGUAUUUGAUACAUUACUGUGUUUAUUGUACAAGUAUGAAAUGUAGAAAGCAACUAUGCUCUUCACUAAAGCAUAACCCCCCCCCCAACCACCACCACCACUAACCUACUACAGUAGACAAGAAAAGUGCAUUCUCAGAAAAUAACAUCUAAUGCUAUUAAUGCUAUGUGUGGAAUGUAUAGAAUAUAUGGACUUACUCCAUCAUGCAGAAUUUGAGCAUAUAAACCAUGUUGAAGAUUCUUAUAAGAGAUGCCUAUUGAGCGCAAGUGCCUCUUUAGUGCAUUUUUAAAUAGACGAAACAGAUUCAAUGUUGUAGAUGGAGAAAUGAAUGUUGAGUUCCACCUAAACAGUAAAAAUGUUCCUGUAGAGUACCCUUUUAGACCCAUUUUUGACUAGCAGUAUUAACAACCAACCUACUUGAAAUAGCAUUUUCAAUUAUUUUUUUUAAAGUAUUGCAUGGAUAUUAUAAGACAAAACCAAUUUGUCCCUCCCAUAUCAUUGAAAUAAGCAUAAUAAACACUGUAUCAGGGAUAUGCUUACUUUAUGUUAUUGUACUAUUUGGUUUUAAAGUGGCAUUAGUUAAGUUUUACUUAUCAAUUAUAUUCAUGUACAUUGUAUUGUAUUGUGUACAUCAUGUAUCAAAUAUUUUAUGUUAUAACAGUUAUAAUUUGUAAAGAAUUCUUAAUAUUUACAUGCUACCUGAACAAAGAUCCUAAAUAUAUUAUGGCUAAACUGCUUAUCCAUCUCUUGAUGGAUAUUUUAGAAAACAGUUUACAGCUCAGUGAAGAUGAAAAUGCUCAACAAUUAAGCUCAGAAUUUAUGAAAUGCACCUACAGUUGUAUGACAUUUCCUCGUAUGAUGCUUGAUAUCGGUAGUUUGUCAUUUUCUAUUUCCCCUAUACAAAUUAUGAAAAGCUUGUACCGUUAUGUAUAUGCAACAUUUUAAAAUAUGUAGCAGAAGAGUGACAAGUUGUAAUUAGAAACCCAGAACCGCCAAAGGCAGUAUUUAAUAUACAUUCAUGAGACUAAUUGCUGGACUAAUGCUGUAUACUUCGGAGCUUCCUAGAAGAUGGCCAUCGUGUUUUUGAAUAUUAUAUGCAAUCUUGUCUCUUGACCUUUAUAACACUACACCUCUUAUAAUGUUGUGUCUCCAUCCAUGCACCUUUGUUUACAUUUGUCAUGGUGUCAUCCUUUUGCUGAUGCUUGUUUCUUUUAAGUUUGACCGGUGGUUUGUUUGUAGUCUUUCAUUUACAGCACAUUGAGCUCAUCUUCAUGUGGGUAAAUGGCCUUUACAAAUUAUAUUAUUAUUAAAUGUAAAGAAAAAAUAUAAUCUCUUGUUGAAAUAACUCAUACCUGUAGACUCAUUUUACAUUUACUUUACCAUUAAAGAUUGUCACAUUUUUCUUUAGAAGCAGAUUGCAAGCAAUUUUGUGAUUUAAGUAAAAGCAUAUCUGUGAUUUAUUACACUAUGUCUGCAUAUCAUAUUUUGAGUUAUGUUUCUUUACAGCAUUACAAUUCUUUUAAAAAUCUUAAGGUCCUUUCAAAACCUCUUAACCGCUAUAGUAAGCUCUUGCUCCGCAUAUCGACGGUGCUUGAUACAUGCGGCUUUCUGAGACAAACAAUUAUAAUUGCACUUUCAUGGUAAUAUUUGUCAUUAACCACUUUAAAACAAAACUUACGAUGUCGAGGACUGCUUGUUUUUAUGACUUGACACUGUUUCCUUUAAAUUUUGUACACACUGGUGUUAAAUUACUUUGGUGCAAACGUUAAAGGUGGCGUCGACCAGACGCUCCAUGUAGUCGAUUGUAAAGUUUUAUCUGAGACAUCUUUCCCUGCCACAAGACGGUGGUAUGAACUUCACGUCCGUUUUCAAGUAUUUUGGAGUACUUAGAAUUGGUAUUGCACAAACCCCAGGCUCAUCUUUUAGAGUCUAUAGCGGUUAGCUCCACUACUUUUUCAAAACAUAGCUGAUGUUUUUACAAGCUAUUUACGAUGCACUAUUAAGCAUGUAUAUUUGUUAUAUUUCAUCAAUGACUUUUUGAGGGCAAUUUAAUUGUAGCCCCUAGUAUAGACAUUUUUCGGUAUUUUUUUCUAUGAUACUCUUUUACCCCAAAAUGUUGUGACUCAGUUUCUCUACUAACAUAUCAUAUUGCCAUUUACAAUUAUGAUAGAUGACAGAAGAUGUAAGAAAUUAGAAUAGCCAUAACACUGAUUAAAGUUAGUCAACAUCAGCAGUAAAAAAGGGUAAGACUAUAUAUUAUUUUUGUCAUUGAAGUGAUAUUAUAUAACUUUGCACAGAUGACAUAAUAAAUCAUGUAACUGUUUUAAUUUGUGAUGUCUCUUCGCCUUAUAACUGGCUUGGGGACUGGUUUUGACCUUUUUUUGUUUUGUUUUGUCCCUGAAUCCGUCGAUUCUGGUAUCUCCUGCUGCCUUAUGCUUUUUGUUACACCAUGGAUAUAUAAUAGUUCGUUGUUACACCGUAUACCUCUGAUAACUCAAUGACUGCGUGGUCGUUUCCACCUGUGCCAUUUUUCUCCACUAAUUAAUGGUCUCUGCAGCCAAUUAAUUGUUUGUCUUGGCCAUGUUGAUCAAUGAAUUUAAUUUUUUUAUUUGAUUGAUGGGAUUACUUUUUUUCAUUUCUCUGAAAUUAUACCGUUUGUUUCUAACCUAUGGACAAUACCGAACAUAUGCAGUCUUCACAUUUUUGCAUAUUGUUGUUAUAUUUUCCGAUAUGUGGAUGUUUACGAUGUCGAGUGCACUCCCAUGUUUACUGUGUUUAUCCUGCUUCCUGCUCCAUGAAUUUUCUGUGCUACUUCAUCACUAAUACUUCCUAGUUUGUAGAAUUGACGACGUUGACUCUAUAACAGUUACGUAACUAUUGUAUAUUUUUAUGAGUUGUUUUUGUUUUUAAAUGUGCUUUUAGACCAUCCUGAUGGUUAGAAGGAAAUAAUAAUUAACACCCAAUUUAUAUCUUGUUUGAAAAGUUACAUUAAAAUAUUUG